AUGACCACAACGGCAAAUCUAGCCACAUCAAGUGAAUCUGAAGAGUCCGUCGAUGUCGCUCCCGUCGCGCGCUUGGCCUUCUUGGGUCCCCGUUUGCCCUUUCGCUUUGCCGCGCGUUUCUUGCGCAAGGCCAGCUUGAGCUUGGUGGCCUCGGCACAGCUAGAAUUCAAGGCCCACAGUCCACCCAACUCACGUCACGCGGCAUCAGACAAGCAGUCGCUUUGCUUGAUAACCUCGAGCAGCAACGCCAGGCUAAACGUGCACGCUAUCCCACGAACCUACGUCACCAAGCACUGGAACGUCGGCUCAGGACGCAAGUCUAAGGUGUCUGCACGCGAUCUGCUGCUGAUGCUCCUGGCGUCAAUGAAACACUGCGGCUCUUGGGACGUCGUUGUUGUCACAUUCAAACAACACAGUCCAACGUUCCAAAAGAGAACGGUAAGCUUGGCUAAAGCCCUGCACCACUUCCUCCUCCGUAAGUACGUGACUACCGACGGCGAAAAGUAUUCAAUGACGUUGCUCACAACCAGUGGUCACCAAUUCGCUUACUUGCCGUUCGUUCGCUACGCAACCGACGUGACGUUUCAACAAACAAAUGUGCCAUCGGGCAUCGAAGUGUCCUUCCUGCCCAACGGCUUUGCAAUCAAUUGUACCGCUCACUACAAGGACAGAGUCUCCGACAAGGCCAUCUUCGACUACAACCUUGAGUUUCACGUAUCUGACCUAUCCAAGGAAGCCACUGAGGACUGCAUUGCCGACCACGGGGAAGAAGCCACGAACCAGUGGGCCGUCAUAGCGGACAAGGGGUACCAAGGAAUCCAACGGGUCGUGCGUGCUUUGUUGCCGAAAAAGAAACCAGCUGGUGGUAUCCUCACGCUUGAGGACGUCCGCUCAAACGAUAGCAUUGCAAGCGAUCGUGUGAUCGUGGAGAACGUUUUCGGCCGGAUGAAGAAGUUGUGGGCUGUGUGCGGUGAGGCCUAUCGAUGGUCGCGUGACAAAUACGACGUGUUGUUCCAAACGUGCAUGGCGCUGAUAAACGUACAUAUCCGCUUGCAUCCGCUGCGUGCCGACGACGGGGUAGUGUAUUCUCAGUACAUCAAUCGCAUGUCCUCAAUCGGUUCAAAGAAGGACAAGGGCAAAAAGACGUCUUCUCGUACCUACAGGACCAAACGCAAGGCGAGACUGACUCUUAUGUUAGCUGCUGAGAGCUCUCUCGUUGCUAGAAGUGCUGUGGGUGCCAGUGAAUUUGAUUUGGAUUUGGGUUCGAACAGCGAUGCUGAAUAUGGUAGCAAUCUGCUGUUCUAA